AUGUGCGGUCCGUCGGCAUCGCUGGCACCGAGGCUUCUUCGUCGUGUUUCUCCCGCUACCGGCCCGCGUGUACUACAACUUACUCCAAGCUGGACUGCUGCAGUCGCUGCUAUUACCUUUCAUUACCACGCCUCUUCCACCUUCGUGAGCCCUCCACGUCGUUCGAGAUCGUCUCCUUCCCGUCAACAAGACGCCGCAUCUUCAGAUCGCCUCACCUACCAUCGAUUCUUCUUCGGGGACAUCCAUGAGCAGGCCGGAUUUAAGAACCGAAUGGAAGGCUUAGCAUGCCUUGUAAGAGAGCAAUUAUUCUGGCUCCACGAUCUCGAGGAUUCCUCAUCUUCUCUCCUCGGCAUGCCCGUACAAGACGAUGCCUAA